AUCACUAACUUACAUAAGUCGUAGGUAAGUAAUAUCAAAUUUUAGAACGAAUUGAAAAAGAUAGUAUGUUAUAUACAGAUAACGAAUUCCGUUUCAGAUAAAAAAAGAUUUGAUCGAAAUUAGAAAAAAGAGAAAUAUUUAAAUCGCAGAUUUGUUUGACGACAAUUACCAUCGCUUUUUAUUGUACAUCGUCCGCCAUAAUUAUAGUUCCUAGCAGUAAAACAAUUACCUGCUUGUACCUACGCCAAGGUAGGUUGGCGCUCUAAUCAACAACCUUUACUCGAGUAUUUACGAAACAGAAGUUUAACCGUCUUUCACUAAUAAAAAGACGAAUAACGGUCUCCAGCAUACAAGACACUUCUUUUUCUCUUUUACGACCUGAAAGCUUAAAAAUUCACAAACAUAAAAUCCUCGAACAUAGGCCGGAUUCUUUAAAGGAAAUUUGGCAAGUUAGAUGCUUGUAGGAUCGUAAAGCAACUGGUGAAGUAAUUCGGUACAAAAUCGCGUUUGAAAACGGAACUAAACUCAUUUCCGUAAGCGUGCGUCGUGGGAAAAAGGAAAAUUCUACAGUCGUGCUUAGACGACGUGCCGCGACGAAAGUAACGAGGCGUCGGUCAUUUAAAAUAGUUCCGCUAAAACAGCCGUGCGCCGACUUUCACGCGCAUGUAAAUGAAGAAAAAAUCCAGCGAUUCCGAAGAAACCUCUCCUCGCGAUCGAUUGGUCAGCACACGGCGUCGUCGUCGUUUAAUUAAUGCGCGAAGUGGCGUUGAUGGUAACUGGUGGCUUUCAGCAAAAUCUUCUGUCAGCCUCCAUGUGUGUUUGUGUUUGUGUGUGCCAGACACAAAGCGGAAGAGCGUCGUGGUAAGUGUUUUUAUCGAGAAGGUCAGCUCUAGAAAGGAGGACAAUCACCGAGCGGCACCGUAGGAACUGCGAUUGAUCCCUUUAAACGUUUGAACGGUGCCGGUUGCACCUUCUCGUUCCGUCCACUCUCUGUGUCUUUCCGUAGAAUCGAACGAUGAUCGGCGGCACUAUCGACGAUAGAGUAGAUCGCGCUGAAAGCUAGGAACUGCGGCGGCACUCGUUACGAUUCUCACGGCUUCGAUCGACUAGCUGGACGAUUGCGCCCGCGAAAUCUCGACGACGAUCGUUGUUACCGUUUCAAGACACACUGUCGAAGGUGAUCGGAUGAAAACUGAACGGCAUGUCUGUUCGUCAAAUUAUCGAUCGAAUUCCUCUCUCCGAUAGUCUUUUCGUAUAAGUUACGCGUUUCAAUAACGACCGAGGUAAACUUUCUCUCCCUUUGUAAUUCACUUUUUCCUUGGAACAAUGGACGGACGCUUUCCGUUAUCAAUCUCUGAGCGAUCAAGCGAAUCUUCAACGUUUACUUGAAAUAAUUAUCGUUCGAACAUGUAUAUUGUACGACCAUUAGCGGCAGAGGGUACGGCAAUUUCGUUAAGUAACUUCUAAACAGGAUCUAUCGACGCAAAUGCGAGGCCGGCUUAAUUAAUCAACAGUUUUAUUGUGCCCACGGAGAAACCGUAAUUAAAAGUCAUUUGUUAGGGGAACGUUAAAUCAUCUAUCAUUCUUUUCGCGUCUUGUAUUCUAUUAAGCUCAUAAGAGCGGCUAUCUCCGCACGAUGUAUCCGUUGCGACACGCGAGCGCAACAAUAUGGCUUAAACUCUUAAACAUUGGCAACUCGCAUCGAGCGCUCGGGAAUGCAGGCACCCCCUGAAUGGCUCACCGGAUGCACACCUGCAAUCAGUGCAGGUUGCGAUAGCUCGGGCGCAUCGUCGAACGUUCCUCGAGUCUGAGGAUCGAUCGAUCUAGUACAGAACGUCAAUCGAUGAAUCAACAGUGCAAGGUGUGCGGAGAACCCGCGGCAGGCUUCCACUUUGGCGCGUUCACCUGCGAGGGCUGCAAGUCAUUCUUCGGAAGAUCCUACAACAAUCUAAGCAGUAUUACCGAAUGCAAAAACGGUGGAGAAUGUGUCAUAAAUAAGAAGAAUCGAACAGCCUGCAAGGCUUGUCGUCUAAGGAAAUGUUUACUCGUGGGCAUGUCAAAAUCUGGUUCGCGAUACGGGCGCAGAUCAAACUGGUUCAAGAUUCAUUGUCUGCUACAGGAACAGCAGCAACAACAACAACAACAACAGCAACAACAACAGCAACACUAUCAACAGAAUCUUCCUAACCAACCACUGACGCAACAACGAAAGCCUAUGAGCCCGCCCAUUGGAAUUCAUCCAGCCCAACGAAAGGACGAUGUCCUGAUGCUAAGUUUGGACGACUACAAGAACUCGACAUCCCCCAGUAUUAGUUCCCCAGAAUCGCACAACAGCGACAGUUCCGUGGAACUAUCCGAAAGAAGGGCAGCCUUCUCGGGUCACCCAGGCUUUAGACCGUUGCAUUCACACCUGCAACCCUCCGUAGCCGAUCUGUCAGUGCUGAGCAAAGAAAUGAUGGGUUUACCCCUCGGUUUUCACCUCGGUGGAAUGUCUCUGAUUCCACCCGCGUUUCUACCACCGCCAAGUCUCACCAUGUUCUCACCCUAUCAUUUAUACGCAACGUCACACGGAGCUUCUCACCCCUUGGUACCAAAUCAUUCUUCGAAUCUAUUACAACACUCACCCAUCGUUGAAGACAUAACCAGUCCAAUCAGUCCCUCUACGACGGCUACCACUACCACGACCAUUAGCAUCGAUAGUAAAGACUCGUGUGCAAACAAUAAUAAUAACAACAACAACAACAACAACAACAAUGAUAGAUACGCACAUAACAAUAAUGUUCAGACGUCGAGACACAGUUCCUCGCCGAGCGAAGAAACUGGAGAGACGUAUACCAAGAGAGUCUAUCUGGAUGCAGUGUUGAAGAGUCAACGAACACACGCAGAAGGUUCUCCAAUAGUGAAGGAAUAUUCGGAAAGUGGUUCGCCACUAUGCAGUCCAGGAUCGGAAACGGACCUUCCACCUCAAGACAACCCUAUGGACCUAUCUAUGAAAACGAUGACCACGCGAAUUAAUAAUACGACGGAGGAAGACGAGAUAGACAUGGAGAACGUGAGCGAUCGAGACAGUCCCCCCUUAAAGAAGAAAUCAGCGCCCAUAGAUCUAACGACGAGAACCUAGAAUUGAAAUAUCGUUUGUUCGCUGGAAGACAGACAGGAUAAGCGAAUAAGACCGAGCGUGGAAAGAAGUUAAUCAAAAACCGGCUGCCAAAUACGGCGUGUGAUAUCGCAAUAAAUUACAUUCAUCUUCUCCCCCAUAACUGACUAUCUGGACGCUUCAACGCAUGUUCAAUAAUAGAUCGAGUUUCCCAGAACCGCGCAUUAUCUUUAAUUGCGCUCUCCGACGAAGUAGGAAUUAUCGGAUCGGACUCUGAUUGCAGGAUACGCAUGGAGACAAAUCAUUCGCGCCAAAUAGUUAAACGCAAUCCCGCAUAAAUAUCCACGGAGACUGAAAGAAUGAAGGAUUAACGUCUCAAUUCCGGGUAAUCACGGCGAGGAUCGCGAGUCGCCGAUCGAUGGCUGGUUGUGCAAUAACCAAUCGACUUUAACGAGAGUCCUCCGCUUUAAUUAACGAGCGCGCGCUCUCGUGCGGCAAUCACAUGGGCUAGACAAAGACCAGAGACAAGGAAAUCAGAAUGGAGAAAAGAGAAAGAAGAGAAGAGCCCGAGAACCUGGCACUGACGCAUUUGCAGAAGCAGGAGAGCAACGACGGAGUGCAACCGUAGUGCAUCGGUUGAUAAACACGUCAAACUGCAGGGUGCACGUGUUCGGAACGUGCGUUACAAACCGCUGUACACGUGUAGAACGUUGCCAACCGUUUUAUCUUACAAGCGUUCGACGCCUGCCAAUGUAAACGCCUCUGUCGCUGCCGCUCUGCCGGCCCUUCUCUGAUUUUGUCCCGCACCUAUUUACACAACCUUGCGCCCGAGGAAUCUCCACCGAUAUGAGAAUUGUAAUCAUGACAGGCCUUGCUCGAUUUUGUUCAUGGCGAUUCCAGAACAUUUCGGUGAAAUUCCUCAGUGCCCUACACCACUAUUGAAGGAUCGGGCUCUCGCUGAAACCGCGUGGACGAUACUUUUACGGUCCUCGUUGUCCAAGCCUAGCUUGCUCGAACACAGAUUUGCUUUUAGUAAGACAUUAGAUCGUGCACGAUUCACGCCACGUCGCGCGAGAUGGAGCUCUUUAAUUCCUUCGAGAUGCUUGUGUUGGGUCGGCCCUCUAGGGAAAUUUUCACAGGCAUGACAAUAUUUUGACACAACGAGCAAUACUGUAUAUUUGAAGCCAAUCCGAUAUUUCAACGAAAGUAGUAAAAUCGUAGAUAAUCGUAUAUAAAGGUUAUGUAAAUAAAAAUGUAGUAAAGACGAAUGCAUUCGUAUUAAAUACACUACGUUAAGCACGAACGGUGCAACGAAAA